UUUCUGCGCUUACAAUUCUGUGAUUAAUUACGAGCUUAUUAUUGUUGAGUACUUGCUUAUCAUGUAAUAGAGAAAAAUGUAAAAUGUUAAUUAAGUUUCAGAUUUUUCUAAUUGCAGUCAUCUUUUAGUUUUACGCUAACGUUUCCACCCUUAUCGAAACAAUGCUGAAAUAAAUCAUAAGCUUCAAUUUUGAAUAUGGGCGCUAGAGAAUCAAAAAGUUGCUGCAUAACAUACGAAGAUGCACUGAAAAGAGUUAGCGAACAGGAAUUGAAACGGUUGAAAGAGGCUUUCAAACGAAAUGCUUCUCAGAAUGGCACCAUCACCAAAUUUUGUUUCAUUAAAGAUGUACUCGGAGAUUAUGUUCCUGUUCCGUUGGCGGAGUGCAUAUUCGUUACGUGCGGAGGAACUACGAAAGGUAUUACAUUCAGGGAUUUGUUUUGCGGUUUGGUUUUGUUCACACGAGGUUCAGCGGAUGAGAAAUGCGAAUUCUUAUUCAACGUGUACUCGAAUGAAAAUGGAUCGUACAUUUCAAAAGCAGAUUUUCAGAAAUUGAUUCCCAGUAUUGAAUUUCCAAAUACAGUCGAUUCAGAUGCGGUGGCUGCUCUCUUUGACAGAAAUGAUAAAGUUACGUACGAAGAAUUCGCCAAAUGGAUGAAACAAUACAGAGAUGCUACUUCGCUUUCUCGUUGGCUGUUUUCCGAAUGCAAUUCCGUGUCGCUGAGUAAUGAACUUGAUAUGCCAACAUUCUACCAAACUUUAGCUGGAGUUACUCAUUUGAAAGAAGCGGACAUCAUUGAUUUAGAAAAAGUAUAUUGGAACUUGAAAGAGCAAUCAAAAUCAGGUAAAUUGGAUUUGGAAACGUUAUUACCCAUGAUACAUCCCCCGUUACCGUCAGACGUCUGUGAAAGUUUCUUCAACGCAUUCGAUGAAAAUCGAGAUGGUCAUAUAGAUUUCAAGGAAAUGGCUUGUGGUAUAUCAGCAGCCUGCGGAGGUCCAUUAACCGAGCGACAGAAGUUUUGUUUCAAAAUUUUUGAUGUCGAUCGAGACGGGGUCCUAUCUAAAGAAGAAAUUAAAAAUAUGAUAGAUAUUUUGCUCUUGGUUCAUAAAGAAAAUACCUACGAAGGAGGAAAUAUAGAUAAAGAGGUUGUAUUUGAAGAUAUUAAAUGUCACAAAAGCAAUGAAUUCUUAACCGUUGAAGAAUAUGUGAUGUGGACUGAUAAUAAUGAUAUCUCCAUAGAUUUUUUAAAUUUGAUUUUCCAAGUGUGCCAUAUCGUUUUUGGAUUGAAACCAGUUUCACGACAAGAAGAACGUAAAAUUGUUCUAGGCUGGUUGCAACGAGAAGAACGUAGAGGAUUUCUUGUGGGUCAACGAUGGUGUUUGAUUGCUAUCGAGUGGUGGCAUACUUGGGAUCGUUAUGUCGCCUCACCUAAUAGAAGUACUUCAAGUUGUGCUCCAGCUGAAUUUAAAGUUAACCAAGAUGCUGGUCGUUCACAUUCCAUGACAUUUAUCCCCACCAAUUUUUCGGGGUCAUUUUCCAAUCAAUCCAAUAUCUCUAAUGGAAGUCAACGAGGAUUACCUGGUUGUCGACCAGGGCCUAUCGACAAUUCUUCUUUAAUAUUGCCGAAUUCGUACAAGGUUCAAACUCUAACGGACGAAGGUGGUAAAUUGAAGAAAAAUUUGCAACGUAUAUACGAUUACGAAUUAGUGCCAAAUUCGUUGUGGAAAGCGUUGAAAAGGUGGUAUGGUGCGUCAUUAUGCAUUCCUCGACAGGUUAUCAAAUGCACCAAUAAAAACGAAACAGAAUUAGAACUGUAUCCGAUUACUUUACGCAUUCUGCGUCAUCAAGUGCAAUCUACCAUUAAUAAUCGUAUGGCCUAUCCCCAGUCAAAUUCUUGGUCUGGAAUGGCCGGUGGAUAUGGAGCUGCUGCUUUGAUUGGCGCAUCUAGUUAUUCUUAUUCUGUUAAUGCUAAUGCCGUACCGAAACGAUAUAUCGCUCAUACUGCCACAUUCAGCCGUUUAGAUGCGAUUAAACACGUUUAUAAUUAUUUAUGCAAUAGAUUAAAAAUCAGGCCUGAAGAUGUUAGACUGUGGAAGUUUUACGAUGAGAACAACAUGAAUUUAAUCGAAGAUGAAGAUUUCACCUUGGAGAAACUGGGUAUUCGCGAUGAUGAUCAGAUCCUGAUGGAAGUUAGAAAUAAAGAUUUAACCUGGCCCGAAGAGAUUGGAUCCAUCGCAUUAAAUUCGACUGAAAAAUGCAAACAAAUACCAACUGAGCGAGGAGCGACCGGUUUAAAUAAUCUCGGCAAUACCUGCUUUAUGAAUGCAGCUUUGCAGUGUGUGAGCAAUACCCAGGCUUUGACUUUAUACUUUAUUAAGAACAUGCAUCUAUACGAAUUAAAUCGAAUUAAUCCACUGGGUAUGAAAGGACAUAUUGCUAAGCGAUACGGUGAUUUAAUUCAUGAUAUUUGGAGCGGUACUGCCAGAACAAUUGCGCCUCUGAAGCUUCGGUGGACUAUCGGAAAAUAUGCACCUCAGUUUAGCGGUUUUCAACAGCACGAUUCGCAAGAGCUGUUGGCGUUUUUGUUAGAUGGAUUGCACGAAGACUUGAAUCGCGUACACGAUAAACCAUAUUUGGAAUUGAAAGACAGUGAAUGUAGGCCGGAUGUAGCUGUGGCACAGGAGGCGUGGGAAAAUCAUAUUUUAAGGAAUAAGUCGAUAAUUGUUGAUUUAUUUCACGGGCAACUGAAGUCAAAAGUAACGUGUAAGAAAUGUGGUCAUGAGUCUGUUAGAUUCGAUCCUUUCAAUUAUUUAUCACUGCCAUUACCAAUGGAGUCGUACAUUUGUGUCCAAAUCAUUGUGAUUAAGUUGGACGGAACUGUGCCUAUGAAAUAUAGCCUUCGUUUAAACGCGGAUGAUACCUAUUUAACGAUAAAACAACAAUUAAUGCAGCGUUGCGGUAUUCCUGGUUAUCUUUUAAGGCUGGUUCAGAUAUCUGCUUCAAAUAUAAAGUGUACUCUAGCCGAUGAUCAAAAAAUAAAACCAAUUCAAAAUGGGUGUAAUAUGUUAUACGCUUACGAAUUACCAUCGACUUUCAACAGUUCCGGAUCUAUAUCCGGUGAUGAAGAACGUCUUUCGAUUUCGUCGAUUAAAUCUACUCAUCGCGAAGCAGCUCAAACGUUCACUGCUAUACAGCGUUCCGUUCGACCUGGCUCUCAAACCAAUCUAGGUAUCUCGAAUGGGCAAAUCAGAACAAUAAGUGAAGACUCAUCUGAUAGUGCGGUAAACUCGUCGUCCGGUGGUGAAAUUUGUUGCUCCGAGGUAAGCUGGUUGAAAACUUCUCCUCUGUGCAUGCUAACAUCAAUUCCUUCUUGCUUUCAGAGUCCUGAAAGCAAUUCAUCGCCAGCUGAUUGCUCUGAAAUGCUGUUGGAAGAAAUGUCAGGCCGUCUAACUGUUGAUAGUGGCCAUUGUAGCGCAAGUAGUGCAAGUUUAGCGGACAGUACCGAUACUACGAAUGAUACUUCGCAACAGCAAACCUAUAUUAUUGCGCUUCAUCGCAAAAUGAUGAGACAAGAUGUUUAUUUCGUGUCCUCUCAAAGAAGCAAACCUAGUUUAUUCGGCUUACCGGUGAUAGUACCUUGUCAAGAUAAUACUACACAUUCCGAAUUGUAUCAAUCUGUGUGGCUACAAGUCGCCCGAUUCGUAUCACCGCUGCCACCUAGUGAAGCGACUAUUCUGAAUCAUGCCACAGACUGCGACGAUAGUUUGGGUUAUGAGUUUCCAUUCUUAUUGAGAGCAGUUAAUAAAGAUGGUACUCAAUGUGCUUGGUGCCCAUGGUAUAGAUUUUGUCGCGGAUGUCUGAUUCAAUGCUGCGAUGCUGAAUUUAGAUUUUCGUCGAAUUUUAUUGCUAUUGAUUGGGAUCCUACGGCGCUUCAUUUACGUUACCAGACCUCGCAAGAGAGUGAAUAUGAAUGCAUCGGAGAGCAAUUCAGUCAGAAAUCGUCUGAGCCGUUGGAUCUUGCCAAUUGCUUAGAAGCGUUUACUACCGAAGAACAUUUGAGCGACGAUGAAAAGUACUACUGCUCUAAAUGCAAAGAGCACCGACCAGCGUCGAAAAAAUUACAAAUAUGGAGGUUACCUCCAAUCUUGAUAAUUCAUCUUAAAAGAUUCCAAUUCUUGAAUGGCAAAUGGGUCAAAUCUCAGAAAGUAGUGAAAUUUCCGUAUAAAGAGUUUGAUUUGACUGACUACUUAGCAGCAGUGCCUAGAGAAACCAUAAAUAGGUACAAAGAAUUGAAGAACAAAAAAAAUAAGAAGCUAAAAGAUUGGCCGAUGAAUGAGAAUGAUAAUAGUGAUUAUAGCAAUAACGUUCCAUUUGAGAUCAAAUCAGAAGAGCAACUUCAUUUUUAUGAACCUAAUGAUAAGCCUGGUCCUUGCGGUGAUGUUAACAAUAGCAAGAAUUUUAGCGAUAAUGGAGAUAUGUGCCAAAAACGUAAAAGACUGGAAUCAACGUCGCUCAGCAGAACACCGAUAGAUGAUACUGCGUUGCAAGAUUUCCAUCAACAUAGAUUAAAAGAUGACGAUGAUAUUUUUGAUUUGAAAUAUAAUCUAUAUGCAGUUGUGUGCCAUUCGGGUAUACUUGGAGGUGGCCAUUACGUUUCGUAUGCUUGUAAUCCUAACGGCAAGUGGUAUUGUUACAAUGAUAGCAGUUGCAGGGAGGUGAACAAUGAUAUGGAUACAAGCUGCGCGUACAUGUUAUUCUACGAGAGGGAAGGAUUAGAUCAUAAAAGAUACAUGCCAAAUGUAAUGGGUAAAAAUCCGCUUGAUAUCAAUGAUCUUGAUCAAGAUUUCGAGUCAGACUACAAAAAAAUGUGCCAUCUCAUGUGAUACCAAAUUGUAUUUGUUUUUCCCUUUAAAUUAUAAAUUUUCGAAUAUACUUACUACAUAGAACCUGUAAUGUCGCAUGUCCAUUCUUGUCCUGUAAUUGUUCAAUUCUCGCAAUGACUACUGAGUGAAAUUCUGCUUAUUCGUAGUGAAAAAUAAUUUAUCGUUUUCGUUCUAUUGAUUUAUUAUGUUUUUAAUUUUUUUUUGCUCUUUUGUUUUAAGUAAUCAAAAAUGUAUGUACUUUUUUGACUACUAUUUAAAUUACCAUUGUUUAUUUUAUAGCUGUAGUCCUAUGAAAUGAUUGCUUGUUUUUACCUUAUUGUUUAUUUAUUUCUUUUUUUCAUUUCAACUUAAUUUCGCAGGCAUUAUUUCUAUAGUCAUUCCCACUGUUUGUUACUUUAACUUCUAUGUUAAGAAUGCGAUUCUUGUAAAAGUACAAUUUUUUGUUACCAUAAGAUUUUAAUGAAUUUAUUAAUGCUUUAGUAAGCUACUUACGGAUAAUUUUUUAAUUGGAAUGUUUUAAGAUUCUUUAAAAAAUUUUUGUUGCGUUGUCUUUAAUUAUGCUUAGUUUUUGUUUUUAUUGUUAUCGUAAUACGUAGCUCUGAAAUCGAGGGCAGAGAUUCGAUUGUAUUGAAAACAACUUGAUGCUGAAAUAUUGGAGCGGAUGUAUUUUCAAAUGAAUUAAUGUGUUAUUUAUCUUUGUUUGUAUCGUAAUACGUGAUAUGUUACCCGUUUAAAAUGUACCUAUUGAACGUUUUUUUUUCUUUCUUUAUAAAGACGUCGAGCGGUUAAUAUUUCAGUCGUCGACUUGUUUAGAAUACCUUGCUAUAAUUAUGAAAAAUUAAUUAUUGUUACACUUAUUAUAUAACACUUUUUCUAUUUUUUCAUGUUAGCACAUUUCAUUGAAGCUUCGUUGUUUAUACUUAUUCCUUAAAAUUACGUUCAAUAUUAUUCAUCGUCAUUUGUAUUAUUAUUUUGUGCAUUCCUUUUCCAGAAACUUGUUUCAUUGUAUUUAAUCAUUACACAGAAAUCGCUGUACU